AUGCCUCCAGAGACAAACACAAGAAAACGCAAGCGUGAUGAAACAGAUUUCAUCCUCAAUCAAAUCGAUGCUCCGAUUCGCAGAUACGACGAUAUUCAAAGUGAAGAGCAACAUGCCAAUCCGUCCCAAGAGGAAUCUUCAAAGGACGAGGAUAGAAUUUUAUCCAAACCAUCUGAAAAAACUAUAUCCGAAAGGAACAAUACGUUGUCAGCUGCGCGAGCUCUUCUCCGAAUUUCAAAUUCCCGAAGUGAAGCGGACAGCGGAGCUACCUCGUCAGAUCCAGCAGAGACUGAUCACACCUCAGAGGUCUUCAGCCAGACUUCGAACUUGAAGACUGCUGGUGAUGGCGUAGCUGCUGCUCAAGCGACUCUGGAGAGUGAUAACCACAUCGCAAAUACCAGUCAUGACCAAGACCACAAAGGAGCCCAGAGUGGAAACGAGGAUAAGAGAAGAGCUGUAAGCGAUGAGGUGGCUGCAGUUGGAGAAAGUAGCUCAAUAAGUGAUGGAGUCAGCCUGGUGGAGGAAAGAUCUGAUUGCAAUAAUGCCAAGAGCUCAGAGUUAGUGAAGACAUGUCCCUCCUGCAGGAAAUCUGAGCCAGCUGUGGAGUUCUGCCAUGGGCGUCUCACGGAGCGAUGCAAACACAAGGCUGUUGACCGUUGCAAAUCUUGCAUUUCGGCAUUCAUGGAGUUUAUUGUUUUUGACAAAGGUUUUAAGAACAUCUUCUGCCCUUUCGUCGACAACGACUAUUCAUGUGGUGCCAGAUUCAAUGACGACGAGGUCAAAAAAUUUGGCUCUGCGACCACAUACGAACGGUACUUGAGACUGAAAGCCAAACAGACCUUCCAAGGUGGCGAAGCCUCAUACUCCGACAACGAUUCAUCAGACUACGACAGUGAUUCAGCGGGCAGUGUUGAGAGCUCGCCGGAAUAUAGCCUGGGUUUGGAGAAUAUCGACUUUUUCGCUGGCUCUGAUUCCGAGAGUGAAUCUUUAGAUUCAGAGGACGGCGAGAGUCUGAGCGGCUUUACCCUACAACAUAGCGAUCUCAGUGGUGCAGAGGACACGGAAGACGUUGGAGAGGAGAUUCUAGUUCAACACUCAAAAGAUCAGGACACUCAUAAUGAUCCUGAGACGAAUAUCGAGUCUGCUACCGCCGCCGAGUCGCAGGGCACCGCCGCAGUCAGUACAACCGCCACAGUCGACACUCCAGCUCCUCAGCGUAUUAGAUACCGGGACCCUAGCACAUGGCCUCGUAGCAGCUACCCUCCUGGGUAUCCUCCACCAUACUGGCGUGAAGACGGGCGUGUUUUUUAUGUCAGUUGGCCCUCAUUUGAAGGUCUCACUUUCUAUGAAGCAGCCCAUGCCGUAUAUCGGCCAGAGUCUGCACCUCGCCCCCCAAAUCCUUGA